AUGUCGGCGGCGCAGCCGCUGCUCUCCGCCGCCGUGCGCCAGCUGUCGCGCUCGUCGUACGGCGUCGUCGCCGCACCGGCGAGGGGGUUCCAGGUGUUCCGCAUCGACGGCUACUCGUGGACCAAGACGCUCCCCGCCGGCGAGCGCAUCAGCUCGGGGCAGUUCGUCGUCGGCGGCCGCGGCUGGCACAUCGCUACUACCCCAACGGCACGGACCGCGCCAGGGACGCCGACUCCGACUCCAUCUCCCUCUUCCUCCGGCUCGCCGCCGCCUACCAGAAGGAGCGCGUGCGGGCGCAGUACAAGUUCAGCCUGCUCGACCCCUCCGGCAACGCCGCGUACGAGUUCCCCACUGCGACGAGCGUCUUCACCUCCGCCGGGCCGCCGCCACUACGGUCAUCACAGCGAAAGCGACAGCGACGACGAGACGGAGGACGGCGUCGGCGUCGGCCUCCCCGACUUCGUCACCAAGGAGCUGGACAGGCGCCGCGAGACCCUGCUCAGGGACGACUGCCUCGCCAUCCGCUGCGACGUCGGCGUCACGGAGCUCGGCGUCCUGGCCGUCGCGCCCAAGGAGAGUAACAACGCCAGGCGACAGGACGACGGCGGCGGCGGCGAGAGCUGCCGACGACAUGGAGUACAUCCGCAGGAGCCUCGCCAAAAACCGCCGCGCGUGGUCUAUCCGGCCGCCGGAGAAUCUCUAGCAGCAGGAAAAUAA